CGAUAUUGAAUUUAUUACCAUAGAAACAGAGAGUAUCUGUUACGGCACCGAGAUAUUUGGCAUAGCAGCAGUCAAAAGAAAUUUUAUCUCUAAGUUUACUCUAACAUGAAAUGUUUCAUGAGAGCGGUUACCAUAGAAACCAAUUAUGUUUGGGAGAACAGAAAAAUUGAUAAUAUAAGAUGUUAUCUCCACUAUCUGAACAAAAUGACGGAACACAAAGAGAAUAAAUUUAAUCUGGUCCUGAAUAUAUCGUGUCGUAAUAAACAAACGUCUUGAUGUUUUGAUUUGCAGGUGAGAAAGUGGUGAAGGAAACUCUAAUAGCAGUUAGUUCUGAGGAACAAACGGAAAGCCCUGUAUUCGUUCUAGGUGAUCAGUAUACAAAGGUAUUUCACUAUCUUGAGCUUAUUUUUAUGCCCGUAUACGUCUGGCACGCGAAAUGGUAACCGCAGUGGCGAAACACACAAAAUGCUGUAAAUAAAGGACGGGCGCACCCAUAGAUUUAUUUACGGGGCAUCAACUAGUAUUAUAUCAGAAUUAUCCCAAGCUAUUUCUGUUAUUGAAUGUGAUUCUUUAGAAUUGCUCGGUAUUUGCAGAACACUAUAAAGGACUCGGUAUUAUUAUCUUUAACAGAUAAGUAAACAAAGUGAAAAACCCUACUAGCAUGGACUGAGGAAAAAGAUAUAGUAAAGUUUUCAGAAUUCUGGAGUUUUCCUUUGGAAGAAACAUGAUGCGGAGCAUUCUACUUUUUCUAAAAAAAGCAUUUUUAAGCAACUGUGAGCUCAAAAACGUGUGAAAAAACUGAAACAAAAGAAAUUUGCUAACAACCAAUUAAAUUUUCUUAAAUAAAACAGAAACCCCCAAUGUUUACAUAGACUGUUUUUCAGAUGUAUGUCAACUUAAAAAUCUUGAAGAAAAAAACGUCGCUGCUACAAUUUACUCUCGUCUCCAUUUGACUUUUAAAAUUGAUAACGCUUGAUAUCGCUUCUCCGCAAGAAACACCGGCAUCACUCGUAAACCCAUGUUGAGAAGAAUAAUAACUGACGUUAGCUUUUGUCCGAUCGAAUAAACGAAUGGUUAUUGCACUUAAGAAAGAUCACUUUUUAGCAUUAUAUGACUUAUUCUGAAUUUACCUUUGUCUUAAUGAAGUUUUGGGCCAGCCAACUAGUUCUGUUGAAACUUGAAUCCGCCAAAGUUAAAAUGAAAUGUGUUGUUCGCUAAUCAGAGGUGAUCGCCUUUAAAAUUCGACUCUUAAUCACAAGGAGCGGGAGGUCUAAACUACAGUAUCGCUUAAAACUUUGUGAGGAAAGACUUAUAAAACAUUUCCUAACUGUGUCUUUAUCAAUCCCCUAUCAUAUCUGCUUUCGGUUGAUGUUGUCUCUUACCACGACAGGGCGCCAAACAGACCUAAAAAACUCCUUCAAAUUUGUUCACUUUGUCCCAGCUUGAUGCUUCAUAUAAAAUCUUAGCUAUCUCUCCAUCUCCAUUACAAUACCUAACUUUUCUUUGUUUUUUUCCCGCCGUGUGAAAGCUUGAUCUUGCGAGUUGAGAUAUUGGAAAUGAUAUGAUAAAUUGCUGAUCUUAUCGCUCCAAAUUGUUGCUAUGGAGAUAUCGGCAAGAUAGGGAUCUUUUUGUUUCGUCGAUUUCAGUAGGUGGUGAAGUGGUAUAAAAGCGCCUGGAUCACUGAUAGAUAGUAGAAGCACGGUAUAAGCCUGAUGACUGAUCAUUAGAGGGAAAGAAAUUAACCAAGAAUUAGUUGAGCACAAAACGCGGAAAGUAAUGGAUGACAUUUUCUAUCACCAUUUUAACAUGUCUUGGCAAAAGUUAGAAGAACUCUUAUGCAACGAUACUCGCAAUGCUCAAGUUUACAACGUAUGCGCGGAAAUCAACCAACACUACAGACGUGCAAAUAACACAUUCAUGCAAACAGACAGCGAGGAUUUACAUAAGAUAUUAAUCGCAGGGUUGUUCUUGUUUAUAUUUGGAAUGGUAUCGAAUAUUACGUUACUAGCCACCAUAUUAUCUCGAAAGCGUUUCUAUAAGGCUUCCUGGAGUUAUGUCUGUAAUGUGACGAUAGCCGACAUUUUGGUUCUCAUCUCCAUGGCUGUUUACUUGUUUUAUCUGUAUUACACUCCAGAUUGGCCAAAAAACUUGCAUAUGUAUUUAUUUCCCUCAUUGGAUAUGUUCUUGUCAUCUGCCUCGAUGUUAUCCGUUGCCUCCAUUUCCAUUGACCGUGUCAUGACGAUAUCUGUUUGGGGACGAAUUAAAAUGAAUCGGAAGAAGAAUUUGCCUCGAUAUAUCAUCAUUUCAAUAUGGGUUUAUAGCGUGUUUAUUCUUGCACUAGCUAUUGGGAGAAUGUUUGUCGCAUAUAAUGAAACAUAUAACGAAGUCGUGUUUUGGAUUGCGACAGUCGUCGCGUUGUUUGCGUCAGUUAUCGCGACGUUAACCUGCAAUGCGAUUAUCAUAUUCUAUUUCGUUCGUGAUUCGACUGUAUGUGCCAAAAUCAUGCAAUCGCCACUGCUAAGUCAUUUAAUCAAAGAUGGCGUCGGAGCUACGGAUGACAGAGUUCGCAAGAUAAACGAGCAAAAAAACCGAAUCCACCGCUCGUUUAUUUUUAUCAUCGCACCUCUACCAUUUUUAAUUGGCUGGUCAUUCUUUCUUGGCAUACAAACAUAUGAGAACGUUACUGGUGGAAUUUUAAAAGGUGAACAUAUUAACAUGGCUAUGUUGGUUGUACCCUGGGUAGUUUCUGUAUUAAAUCCCAUCAGCUACAUAGCCAUGUCUCGAUCAGUCAGACGAGAAAUGAAAAAUUGUUUAAAACGCUUUUGCAGAUGCACAUACGAAAGCCAAGUCGAUUCAGAGACUGUCACAGAAUACGAUGUAUCCUUAGUUUAACUUUCAGCAUGCUUAAUGUCAACAUCUUGUAAUGUCAAUAUCGACUUGCACAUCAGGGCUCUCCUAACGCUUAGCUUGUAACAAGAUGUAAAGAGAAAAUGGAUUACUGAGAACAAAGUUGUCUCCAAUCUUUUUUGAAGAAACACUGGACUAUCAAACGUUUAAAGUUUAUAUUUUUAUUUAUUUAUGUUAAUGUCUAUAUUAUGAGAGUAUUUAUCUUAAAAGUGCCAUAUUUACAAAAAAGAUUGUUGCCAUGGUAUUUGUGACAUGCGUUGUCACUUUACUGGCGCCAUGUCCAACAUGGAAAAUUUGUAAUGGGUGCAUCCUUGCUACGCCUACUGGUUUACUGCUGUCAAAUUAUGCUAGGGGACUACACCUUAAAGGCACGUAAACAUGAAUUUUUUAUGAUUUUUCGCCUAAAGUCAACGACAUAGAGCUGACCUAAACAAGAUUAUGAUAAGUCAUAUUAUCUCCCCUUAUUUUUCUUGUAGAUAUAUGAAUAGAUAAUAUUACGGAAUUACGCUUUUUAGUGUAUUUUACAAGCUAUUCGAGACUCAUGGAAAUUUAGACUGCUUUUGAAUUAUUUUUUUCGGUAGGAUACCUACAGCCAACGUUCGCGACCUUAAACUCUCAGAAUACCGAACAACUUGUUGAGAUGUGUAAACGUACAUUUGGAGAUAGAAAUCUUUGACUGAACAUCUCAUAGCAUGUAUGACAUUCACUUUCCGCUUAUAAAACCCAAUGUAGAACUCAAAAUGCUAUGGUUUUAGUACUUGUUUGUGAAAAUCUUAGAUUUAAAAAAAGCAGUGUUAUUAACUUCAUAAUAAGCAUUACUUUCCAGUAGUUAUCAGCUAAAAGAAAUAUAUUUUCUGGUGGAAAUAUCGUUAAUUGUAACUUUCUUUCAGAUGAGAACUUCUAGAAAGUAAUGCCACCUGAAAGUUAACAAUAUUUUUUGUCUUUAAAAGUAGAAUUUGUAACAAUAGUAUUGUAAUAAAAGUAAUGUUAUUUAAGAAAGCAUGUAUAUAUAAAUAUAUAUGAAAUAAAAUAU